GACAUUACGGCUUCUUUGCAGAGGGGUUUUCUGCACUCCUGAAUGUCAACCGAGCUGUGAAAAGAGAAGACAACACGCGUUGCACGAUGACCUCCAACAUACAAAACGAACAGAGAAAGGAAAAAUGCUCCACACAAGCACAGGAUUGUCCACUUGGUGCUGAAAGUGAUACUUGUCGCCAUGAAGCGGUCGCCCUACUCCAAGACUUGACGGGCGUUCAACUCUAUAUCGAUGUUUAUUUUAAGUUGGAAGACUUCCAAAACGUUCUGGGGAAGAUAUCCCUAGGCACACUGUGCGCACCAGUAACGGGCAUGUUACACGCACUUCCAGGCUUAGGGCUUAACCCUUUUUCUGAAAAUUUAGCGUGCAAUGCAGUCUUUACCCCGGCCCAUGUUUCUGUCCUCGGCUUGCUUUUACAUAUACCGUUUACGCUAGGUGGAGUUCACCCAACCUACGAUUCUGUCUAUGAAUCUGCAAAGGUAUACCGACAGAGAAUCGCCGACUCAUUGUUGAAGGGCGAUUUUUACAGCACUGAACGCCAUUUCAAAUUACUCCCAAUCAUUAUAGAUAACACUGACAGUGUAUAUACGUUUAAGUGGGAGAAACUUACUGCUGCUUUUAACGUUGAUUUCGAACUACCGUGUCUGAUUGCUAGAAUAGCAGUGGGUGAGAUAGGUUUUAAAAGGGACGGGACAGGUGCAUACUCUUUUGAAUAUGCUGGUAAAGUCUCUACUGUCAACUCGAGUGAUGUAGUCUUCUUGGACGGGUCUGUUUUCGUCUGUUGGCAUCUGAUUGGGGAACUCCUGUCAGAUCAUUCCAUUUCUAGACAUAAUGACAACCAACAAAUUCACCCCCUUCAUAAUUUUCUAUCAAGACCAGAACUGGUUAAGUGGGCGUUGCCUGCCUUUUCUCUAGGCAUUUAUUUUUUUAACUUUUUGAUUUGUGCACAUUUUUCGCGGUAUAAAAGCAUUGCAGAUAGAGCAGUUCUGCACCAGUUUGGGGCUUGUUUUUUAUCACAGCUUUUCCUGUCCCUACCAAACAUGAUUACCACCUCACAUACUUCCACCGUGUGUUUGUACCUUUCGUUGUUCGCCCAUUUCUUUUGGUUAGUGAGUUUUUUGUGGCUCCCAGGUGUAACUUACAUUGCCUACCACAGUGCCAUAUCUCGCCAAUUGUGGACAUGCAGCCCAAAGAGACACAUACCAAUGGGCGUGGUCGUUACCUAUUUGGUGCCAUUAUUUUUGGUUGCGGUUGGGCUUAUCUUAGAGUUAAGAGAACAAGCGCCGCUCAGAGUUAAAUACUGUCGAGGUACUUGCUUCUUUGGCGACAUUAAUGGUUACAUUUUUCUCUUAGCAGGUCCAGCUAUUUUGACGAUGCUAUUUAAUUUCCCCAUGUGCGUUCGUUUUUUGGUAUAUUUACGUUGCGGUAGGCGAGGCAACGUAACCGCACACAAAUGCCGCAUCACUGUAAAUCCGAGCUGUUACAAAUUGUUAUCGGUGAGCAUGGUUUGUUCUAUUGCUGGCACAAUAGGAAUACUCUUGGUAGGCUUGUCGGUAUACACUCAGAACGAGGACUUCUGUCUGACAGCACAAGUAUGUUUCUGUCUUCAGAGCCUCUCUUUGGCCGUUGUUAGCAUCGUCUAUAGAGGUGACAUAGAAAAGACCGACAGUGCUAAACAGGAGAUGAAUAACGGCACUAAAUAAUAACAAAUGGAGGUUAUGUUGACUAAGUUUACCGAUAUGUAAGUGUGGUGCAUGCCACAGGAAAAACAGUCUAUGCCCUAGCUCUGGUUGUGUAAUGUUGAUUGUUAAUUGAUGUUAAUCAUUGACUGAAUAUGCUGUAACCAAGGAGUUUUAACGAAAAGGAAAGAGAAAUAUUUUCAGAAAAUAAGUGAAGGGAAAGAGAACUUGUACAUAAUUUACGUGUGGAGAGAUGAUAGUGUUUAUAUAACAUGCGGUACACACAUAUCAUUAUCGAUGGCGUUUUUCGUCUUUCGAUCAAACUUAACCAGAAAGAACUAUAAUGGAACUAUGGCAUCUCAUUGUCAAUAGUAGUUGUAUAGUAUUUCUGGCGUGCGUGGCACCAACUUACACCGACGCCCCUAAGUUUGGCAAUACCCUUAUUUUUUCAAAAUAUUCAAGUAUCACAGUCAUUAAUUUUUGGAUAUGUCAGUCGGGCUGUUCAUUUUUCUUUUAUAUUUCAUAAAUGUUUCAUUUAAAAUAAUUGAAGUUGCUUUAUGAAUGUGCGCAAUACGAUGCUUUCUCCAUGGCCAUGAGAAGCAUCUAUGUAUUACUCUG